UCAUAGUAAUAUUUUUUUCGACGAUAAUGCUGAUUUUGUUUUGACCAUCUUUCACGUGUCGCCAAAUCCAUUUGUGAAUUAACCUUAAAAAUUAAAAUAAUAGUCAGUUUGUUUAUUACAAGCCGCAUGUUUGUGUGUUGAUUGUUAAAAAAUAUAUAUUUAAAAUGUCUAGCAUUGAUAAAAAUCCUUGGAACAAUUUAGUUAUUAAAAAUAACAAAGGUGAAACAAUAACUAAUCCAAUUUUGCUGAGUGAUCCAAUUAAAAAAACCCUAAAAGCUUUAAAAUUUAAAUCACCAACCCCAAUUCAGGCUGCUUGUAUACCAAGAUUAUUACAUGGUCAAGAUGUUGCUGCUGAAGCUGUUACUGGAAGUGGAAAAACACUGGCAUUUAUAAUACCACUUUUGGAACUUAUGCUGAAAAGAGAAGAUCCUUGGAAAGAAACUGAAAUUGGUGGAUUAAUAAUAUCUCCAACUCGUGAAUUAGCAACUCAAAUAAGUCAAGUUUUAGAAAAUUUCUUAUCAAGAAUACCAUCAUUAAAACAAGUUAUGCUAGUUGGUGGUACAACAGUAACAGAUGAUAUUAAAAAAUUAAAAAAUAAAGCAAAUAUAAUUGUUGCAACACCAGGUAGAUUAGGUGAUAUAUUUGAAAAUUUUGAAGACACACUAAGACGUAGUGUUAAAUCACUUGAAUUUUUAGUACUUGAUGAAGCUGAUAGAUUACUUGGUCUUGGUUUUGAAGAUGAUUUAAAUAAAAUAUUUAAAAAAUUACCAUCUCAAAGAAGAACUGGUUUAUUUUCAGCAACACAAACAACUGAAUUAGCUGAAAUAUUUCGUGCUGGUUUAAGAAAUACAGUUGUCAUAAGUAUCAAAGAAAAUUCAAGCCUAUCAACACCAUUAACAUUGAGUAAUCAUUAUACAAUUGUUGAUGGUGAUAAUAAAUUAGCAUCAUUAAUUAGUUUUAUAAAAACAAAAGAUAAUAAUAUGAAAUAUAUGAUAUUUUUUUCAACAUGUGCAUGUGUUGAAUAUUUUAGUCAUGUUAUUGAUCAAUUAUUACCAUCAAUAAAAGUAUUAGCAUUACAUGGUAAAAUGAAAAAAAAACGUCAAAAAAUAUUUGAUGAAUUUCGUUGUAUUAAAUCUGGUAUAAUGGUAUGUACUGAUGUUAUGGCUAGAGGUAUUGAUAUACCAGAAGUUGAUUGGGUAUUACAAUAUGAUCCACCAUCAGCAGCAAGUAGUUUUGUUCAUCGUUGUGGUAGAACAGCUAGAAUUGGUAAUGAAGGUAGUGCAUUAGUAUUUUUAUUACCAAAUGAAGAUGCAUAUAUAACAUUUAUUAAAAAUAAUCAAAAAGUUGAACUUGGUGAAAUUAAAAUUGAUAUUGAUCAACAAAUUAUUGAUAAAUGUAGUAAAAUAAUGAAACAAAUACAAAAAAAAGAUAGAGUUUAUUUUGAUAAAGCAAAUCGUGCAUUUGUAUCAUAUAUACAAUCAUAUCAUAAACAUGAUUGUAGUAAAUAUUUAAUUAAAAUUGAUGAAUUAGAUUUUGUUAAAGUUGCUAUGGGUUUUGGUUUAUUAAAAAUGCCACGAAUGCCAGAAACAAAAGGACGUGAUUUAACUGGUUUUAUUGAGGAUGAUAUUGAUUUUAAUACGAUAUCAUAUAAAGAUAAACAACGUGAACAAAAAAGAUUAGAAAAAUUGAGUGUUUAUCAAACUACUGGUAUUUGGCCAAGUAAAAAUAAGAAAAAAGCUAAACAAACUGAAUCUUGGUCUGAGGCUAAACAAAAAAAAAUCAUAAGACAAAUAAAAAAAGGUAAAAAAAAAGAAAAAAUUGAUAAACGUGUUAAAGCUGGUGGUCCAGCAAAACCAAUUAAAAAAAAGAAAGUUAAAAAUUUACAAGAAGAUAUUGAUGAAAUUGCUAAGGACAUUGCAUUGAUUAAAAAAGAAAGAAGAAAAAUUACAAAAGAAGAACUUUAUGAAGCUCUGGGUUAA